GACACGGCCAAAGAACUGAGCAAUAUCAGGUAUUGAUGUAGCUGGAGUGAAUAAGGGAACCUUCUUCCUGAGUACAGACAUUGGAGCCUGUUAUCAGCAUGAACUCAUAUGUGUUAGACAAACACAUGAAUAGUUCAUAUCCAUCCUUCACUAUAGGAAGCAUCAGAAUGAUACCGCAAACUCUAAAAGUCUUAGACACUAAUGACUAUUCACAAACAUUGGGGAUAUCACAGCAGAUAUUUAAAGAAGAUGGUGAAUUGGCAGGAACUGUGAAGCAAUCAUUAUGUACAGAGAGUAAUUUAGUAAUCAAACAAGAGGACAACAUUUAUGAGUUUUCUAGUGAAAUUAUUAUCCCAGAGGAUACACCACACACAUUUACUGAGUUUUCAAAACAUAUUAAAGAAGGGAAAAGUCUACAGUCUAGCCAAAUGAUUCAUACAAAGGAGAAAUCUUUCAAAUCUACUAAAUGUCAGAAAAGCUUUAGAUGGGAGUCUCCUCUACUAGAACACUACAAAAUUCACACGGGUGAGAAACCACACACAUUUCCUGAGUGCGGCAAAUGUUUUACACAAAUGGAUCAUCUGAAAACUCAUAAAAAGAUUCACACCGGAGAAAAGCCGUUCACAUGUACAGAGUGUGGAAAAAGUUUUACACAAAUGUAUUGUCUGAAAACUCAUGAAAUGAUUCACACAGGAGAAAAUCCUUUCACAUGUACAGUGUGUGGAAAAUGUUUCACAGAAAAGUGUAGUCUGAAAACUCAUGAAAGAAGUCACACAGAAGAAAAGCCGUUCACAUGUACAGAGUGUGGAAAACGUUUUACACAAAAGAGUGAUCUGAAAAAGCAUAAAAGGAGUCACACAGGAGAAAAGCCUUUCACAUGUACAGAAUGUGGAAAAAGUUUUACACUUAUGAAUAAUCUGAAAACUCAUGAAAGGAUUCAUACAGGAGAAAAGCCUUUCACAUGUACAGUGUGUGGAAAAAGUUUUACACGUAUGAAUUAUCUGAAAACUCAUGAAAGGAUUCAUACAGGAGAAAAGCCUUUCACAUGUACAGAGUGUGGAAAAAGUUUUACAGAAAAGAGUAAUCUGAGAAAGCAUGAAAGGAGUCACACAGGAGAAAAGCCUUUCACUUGUGCAGAGUGUGGAAAAAGUUUUACAUACAAGAGUGAUCUGAAAACUCAUGAAAGGAGUCACACAGGAGAAAAGCCUUUCACAUGUACAGAGUGUGGAAAAAGUUUUACAUACAAGAGUGAUCUGAAAACUCAUGAAAGGAGUCACACAGGAGAAAAGCCUUACACAUGUACAGAGUGUGGAAAAAGUUUUACACAUAUGAACAAUCUGAAAAUUCAUGAAAGGAGUCACACAGGAGAAAAGCCUUUCACAUGUACAGAGUGUGGAAAAAGUUUUACACAUAUGAACAAUCUGAAAACUCAUGAAAGGAGUCACACAGGAGAAAAGCCUUUCACAUGUACAGAGUGUGGAAAAAGUUUUGCAUACAAGAGUGAUCUGAAAACUCAUGAAAGGAGUCACACAGGAGAAAAGCCUUUCACAUGUACAGAGUGUGGAAAAAGUUUUACACAUAUGAAUUAUCUGAAAACUCAUGAAAGGAGUCACACAGGAGAAAAGCCUUUCACUUGUACAGAGUGUGGAAAAAGUUUUACACAUAUACAUUGUCUAAAAAUUCAUGAAAGGAUUCACACAGGAGAAAAGCCGUUCACAUGUAGAGAGUGUGGAAAAAGUUUUACACAAAAUAGUCAUCUGAAAACUCAUGAAAGGAGUCACACAGGAGAAAAGCCUUUCACUUGUACAGAGUGUGGAAAAAGUUUUACACAUAUGAAUUAUCUGAAAACUCAUGAAAGGAGUCACACAGGAGAAAAGCCUUUCACAUGUACAGAGUGUGGAAAAAGUUUUACAGAAAAGAGUAGUCUGAAAAUUCAUGAAAGGAUUCAUACAGGAGAAAAGCUUUUCACAUGUACAGAGUGUGGAAAAAGUUUUACACAUAUACAUUGUCUAAAAAUUCAUGAAAUGAUUCACACAGGAGAAAAGCCGUUCACAUGUAGAGAGUGUGGAAAAAGUUUUACACAAAAUAGUAAUCUGAAAAAGCAUGAAAGGAGUCACACAGGAGAAAAGGCUUUCACUUGUACAGAGUGUGGAAAAAGUUUUACACAUAUGAAUUAUCUGAAAACUCAUGAAAGGAGUCACACAGGAGAAAAGCCUUUCACUUGUACAGAGUGUGGAAAAAGUUUUACACAUAUACAUUGUCUAAAAAUUCAUGAAAGGAUUCACACAGGAGAAACGCCGUUCACAUGUAGAGAGUGUGGAAAAAGUUUUACACAAAAUAGUAAUCUGAAAAAGCAUGAAAGGAGUCACACAGGAGAAAAGGCUUUCACUUGUACAGAGUGUGGAAAAAGUUUUACACAUAUGAAUUAUCUGAAAACUCAUGAAAGGAGUCACACAGGAGAAAAGCCGUUCACAUGUAGAGAGUGUGGAAAAAGUUUUACACAAAAUAGUAAUCUGAAAAAGCAUGAAAGGAGUCACACAGGAGAAAGCGUUUCACAUGUACAGAGUGUGGAAAAAGUUUUACACAUAAAUUGUCUGAAAACUCAUGAAAUAAUUCACAAGGGAAGAAACCUUUCACAUGUUUUAAAGUAGAAAACAGGUUUUCCAUUUAAAGGGGAGGAGAGUCCUUGGCUUCAUUCAUUACUAGUGGGAAUUAAGAACCUGGACACUGGGAGGCAGCAAAGACACCACAGCCAAAGGCUUAAAUACCUCCCCCACUCCCCUCAUCCCCCAGUCAUUCUUUGUCUUUCAUUACAGGGGGUGGCAGAGAGGUGCUGGAAAAUCGGAGGUCUCCCCUCUUGUAAGGUGUAUCCAGUCCACGGAUUCAUCCAUUACUUGUGGGAUAUUCUCCUUCCCAACAGGAAGCUGCAAGAGGAUCACCCACAGCAGAGCUGUCUAUAUAGCUCCUCCCCUAACUGCCACCUCCCAGUCAUUCUCUUGCAGCUCUUGACAAGGGAAGCAGCUAGAGAGAUGUGGUGCAUUAAUGUAGUUUAUCUUCAAUUAAAAGUUUGUUAUUUUCAAAUGGUACCGGAGUUGUACUAUUUUAGCCUCAGGCAGAAAGUUGAAGAAGAGUCUGCCUGUGGUCUUUGAUGAUCUUAGCAGGUUGUAACUAAGAUCCAUUGCUGUUCUCGCACAUAACUGAAGAGAUGGGUAACUUCAGCUGGGGGAAUAGCGUGCAGGGUCUCCUGCUCUGAGGUAUGUGCAGUUUUAAAUUUUUCUAGAGAAAUGAUAAGCUAGAAAAUGCUGACAAUACCAGAUUUAUUUAAGGUAAGCCUGAUUACAGUGAUUUAAUAACGACUGGUAUCAUGCUUGCUGUAAAGGGUAAUAUUAUUAUUAUUAUAUAAUAAGGUUGGGAGGGGCCUAUUUUCCAUUAGUUUUUGCAGCUUGAGACAUCCAGCUUCCCUGAAGGAGUCCCCUGAACAUUUAGGACCUCUCUAAAGUGUUUUUUUGCCUUCCAAAGUCGUUGUAUGGGCAGGUAGGGCCACAGUAGAGCUGUGGAAGUUUGUUGUGACUGUUUAAAAACGUUUAUAUCGUUUUUUUGAUCCCGUUUUGAAACUAGGGGGUUAAUCAUCCAUUUGCAAGUGGGUGCAAUGCUCUUUCAGCCUAUUAUACACACUGUAAAAAAUUCGUAAGAUUUACUGCUUUUUUCACUGUUUUAGCAGUUUCUGUGAUUGUACCAUUUUUAUUUUUUGCUUGUUCACAGUUAUUAAAGUGUUUUCCAAGCUUGCUGGUCUCAUUACUAGUCUGUUUAAACAUGUCUGACAUAGAGGAAACUCAUUGUUCAUUAUGUUUAGAAGCCAUUGUGGAACCCCCUCUUAGAAUGUGUACCAAAUGCACUGAUUUUACUAUAGAUUACAAAGACCAUAUUCUGGCUUUAAAAAAUUUAUCACCAGAAGAAAUUGACAAGGAGGAAGUUAUGCCGUCUAAUUCUCUCCACCUGUCAGAUCCUAUAAAUCCCGCUCAGGGGACGCCAAGUACAUCUAGCGCGCCCAUUGCGUAUACCUUGCAAGACAUGGCGGCAGUUAUGAAUCAUACCCUUACAGAGUUAUUAUCUAAACUUCCAGGAUUGCAAGGAAAGCGAGACAGCUCUGGGACUAGAAUAAAUACAGAGCUCUCUGACGCUUUAGUAGCUAUCUCUGAUACACCCUCACAAUAUAAUGAAGCUGAA